AGUUUGUGAAAAUCUUACUUAUCUGAAGAUAAGAUCUUUCGCUGCUCCAACUUGCGAUUCUUUGGCAUCUUUGAUUCAAUCUCAAAGAGGUCUUCGUAAGUUACUUUUGUGGGAAUUGAAUCUUCAUGAUAUUUCAUGUCUUAUCGAAGCUAUUGGUAGUCAAGCACAUAGUAUAAGAGAAAUUGAACUAUUUCAAUGUUCAUUUGAACUUUGCGAAUCUUUUGAAGGAUUAGCUUGUUGUCAUCAUUUAAAUUCUCUUUCAAUAAUACAAUGCGAUUAUUUGACAUCUAAUCUUUUAGAAUCAUUAGCAAAUACUCACUUUCCUUACAUGGAAAAAUUAGAACUAAAAUAUUUUAAUUAUUCAUUAACUGAUUUGAAUCCUGAAGAUAUUCCAUCUGAACAAGUGAAGAAUAUUAUAAAGAAUUGUAGUGAUAAUCUUCAACACCUUUAUACUAACCUUAAAUUAGAUGAUUAUUUUAAUAUUAUCGAAACAAUUUCAACACAUUGUACAUUAAUUACUAGUUUAGAACUAAAUAUGCAAAGAGCUGAACAAAUACAUGAGCUCUUACCUAUAUUAGAAUCAUGUCAAAAAUUAGAGAAAUUGAUAAUUCAACCUAUUCAACCAAUAGGAUUUUUUCCAGUAUAUUAUCAUAUUUCUAACGAUCAAAUUCGAUGGUUCGCAUCAAAAUUACCAUCAAGUGUUCGACAUCUUGAAAUAAGAUAUUGGACUAUUUUCGCUCGAGAUUUAGAAGAUAUACUUUCAAUAUGUGGUCGAAGUCUAUAUUAUAUAGCGUGGGGAUUUUCUGAUAUUAAAGUUGAAGGAGAUGAAAAAUAUUUUUCUCAAGUUAUUGCUGAGUAUUGUAAGAAAGAGUCAAGAAAGAUUAAGAAAAUAGGUACUCCACAAUUUUUUUGUGAUUUUAAUGAUGGUCAUAAAAAUAAAGGAACUGUUUAUGUAGAGUUUUAA